GGCAGCCAGAGCCAAUGACAGAAUAAUAGGUAUCGCACAACACAAGUCACAACAAUUUAUUUAAAUGAUAUUUAUGUACUUAGGCAUUUUAUUUAAAUUUUGAUAACACAAUUUCAAUUUGAUUAGCAGUUUUACGAACAUAACUCAAAGUUCAUUCCGAGGUAUUGCGUAAUUCGUGAUUAACCAUUACCUCUUUAAUUUUCGCACGUGUUUAUCUAUUUUGUAUCAAAAAUGUUUAAGGGUUUGGUUGGUCUAGUCACCGGCGGCGCUUCGGGUCUUGGAAAAGCGACAGCGGAACAUCUAGUGAAGCAAGGAGGGCGUAUUGUAAUCUGUGACCUGCCCUCCAGUUCAGGGUCCAAUCUCGCUAAACAAUUAGGAAAUGAUGCAGCAUUUGUUCCUGUUGAUGUAACAUCUGAAGAUGAUGUUAAGAAUGCAUUACAAGCAACAGUUGACAAGUUUGGCCGUUUAGAUGUAGCUGUGAAUUGUGCUGGCAUUGCCACUGCCUCCAGAAUAUACAAUUUCAAGAAGAACGAACCAUUUGAUUUGAAAUCUUUCCAAAAGACCAUUGAGGUGAAUUUAAUUGGUACAUUCAAUGUGAUUCGCUUUGUGGCUGGUCUCAUUGGCAAGAAUGCACCAAAUGCAGAUGGUCAGAGAGGGGUUAUAAUCAACACUGCCAGUAUAGCUGCUUAUGAUGGCCAAAUCGGUCAGGCGGCAUACUCUGCUUCCAAAGCAGGUGUCGUGGGAAUGACUUUGCCAAUUGCGAGGGAUCUUUCUAAGCAAGGCAUAAGAGUGGUUACUAUAGCACCAGGUCUAUUCAGAACACCAAUGAUGGAACUAUUACCAGAGCCAGCCAUCAAACAGUUGGAGGCGUCUGUACCAUUCCCGCCGCGUUUGGGACAUCCCAGCGAGUACGCGUUACUUGUACAGAGCAUUAUACAGAACCCAAUGCUUAAUGGAGAAACUAUAAGAUUAGAUGGGUCCUUGAGAAUGCAACCUUAGACUAAGCGUACUGUUUUUGUUAUGAAAUCUAAAUAGAUGUUAUUGUUUUAGAUA